UUUGUGUUAGCGCGCUUCAUCCAUCGGCUAUCAUUUGUUUCCCUCAGAGGUUUUAAUCCAUGCUGUGCACUUGGCAACCAUUUAGACGCAUUGAGAGCGACUUGGAUAAGAAAACCUGGCCUGUUAAAAACUGACCGUUGAAUAUCUGCACACUUCGAAAUUUUAAAAACACUAUGCCUUCCAGAGACCCUGGCAUUUUUAAAUCAGGAAAAUAAACCGUGUCGCUCAUGACUUCGAUGCAGAGUAUAAUGGCGUGAUAUCUUGUGAUAACACUAACAAAUACAUCUCUGCAAGUCAGUGCGGACUCCUCAGGUGCUGCUACACGUUUCUUGAAUCAGCAACAAAAUGGAAGACACCUUCAGAAACAAAAUUCCAACUAAUAAUGUCCAGGGACUAUGAAGAGCCUGGUCACUCAGUAGGGAUGUUGGCUGCGGUGGAACAUGGUCCCGUCCUCUGCAGUGACUCCAACAUCCUCUGCCUCUCAUGGAAAGGACGAGUUCCUAAGAGUGAGAAGGAGAAGCCGGUGUGCAGGAGGCGCUACUACGAGGAAGGAUGGCUGGCCACCGGAAAUGCGAGGGGUGUUGUUGGCGUGACUUUUACAUCCAGUCACUGCAGGAGAGACAGGAAUACUCCACAAAGGAUUAAUUUCAAUUUAAGAGGGCACAACAGUGAGGUCGUCCUCGUCCGAUGGAAUGAGCCAUUUCAGAAGCUUGCUACUUGUGACAUGGAAGGGGGGAUAUUUGUGUGGAUACAGUAUGAGGGAAGAUGGUCUGUGGAGCUGGUUAAUGAUCGGGGGGCUCAGGUAAGUGAUUUCACUUGGUCACACGAUGGCACUCAGGCCCUGAUUGCCUACAGAGAUGGCUUUGUCUUGGUGGGCUCAGUCAGCGGUCAGAGGCACUGGUCAUCAGAGAUCAACCUGGAAAGCCAAAUCACCUGUGGGAUCUGGACUCCUGAUGACCAACAGGUGUUGUUUGGAACAGCAGAUGGUCAGGUGAUUGUAAUGGACUGCCAUGGUCGCAUGCUUGCUCACGUCCUGCUGCAUGAAUCGGAUGGCAUUGUUGGCAUGUCCUGGAACUGCCCUGACUUCCUGGUGGAAGACAGUACUGAAAGUGAUACCGACUCUGAUGACAAUGCCCCAAGUCAAGUGCGUAAUGUGAAGCCACUUCUCACAGUCAGCUUCAUUUCUGGAGACAUUAGUCUGAUGAAUAACUAUGAUGACCUUUCACCCAACAUAAUCCGCUCAGGACUUAAAGACGUGGAGGUGCAGUGGUGCUCUCAGGGAGACUUGUUAGCCGUAGCUGGAAUGGAGAGACAUGGACUCACUUCUGAAUCAGCCUGUGCCUCCAUAAUGAGAAAUGCCCUUGUCAAGUUCUACAACAUUCAAGGAGAACACAUAUACACUUUGGAAACACCUGCACAGAGGCCUAUCACUACUAUCUGCUGGGGUCACCGGGACUCACGGCUGUUUCUGGCAUGUGGGCCAGCACUGUAUGUCGUGCGUGUGGAGCACCGGGUGGCCAGCCUCCAGCUGCUGUGUCAGCAGGGCAUAGCCAGUGCCCUGAGAGAAGAGAGAGAUGUGGGCAAACUGAACAUGCCUUCCCUCCUCUGUUCUUAUGUUACCAGUGCAUUCAUCCCAACUAUCAAGCCUCCAAUUCCUGAUCCAAACAACAUACGUGACUUUGUCAGCUACCCUACGGCGGGGAAUGAGAGACUGCACUGUACUAUGAAGCGUGCAGAAGAGAAUCCUGAGGCCGGAGGGCCAUGUUAUACCCUGUACCUGGAGCAUCUGGGAGGCCUGGUGCCUAUCCUCAAAGGCCGUCGAAUCAGCAAACUGCGUCCAGAGUUUGUUAUAAUGGACCCCAAAAUGGACAGCAAAACAGAUGAAGUCUGCGUGAACGGUAUGAUAUCUUACAUGACUGACAGCUGCAACUGCUCCGACUCUAGUGAUAUUGAGUUGAGUGAUGAGUGGGUUGGAAGGAAGUCGCCAAAGCUUUCCAGAGGAAACAGGUCCCCUAAACUUCCCAGAAUCAAUAUGGAAUCAAGAAAGUCUCCCAAGCUUGCCCAAGCAUCUCAAGAAAUGUCCAGGUCUCCAAGGUUACCAAAGAAACCUACCAUACGGUCUCCAAGUCUGACUCGCAGAGAAUUUCCAGUAGAUGGAAUGAGUGAGCAUAAUUAUCUUGCUCAAGUCACCUCUAACAUUUGGGGCACAAAGUUCAAGAUUGUGGGACUUGCUUCCUUUUUGCCAGCAAAUUUGGGUGCAGUUAUCUAUAAAACCAGUUUGUUGCACUUGCAACCACGUCAGAUGACAAUCUAUCUACCAGAGGUCCGUAAAAUUUCCCCAGACUUUAUGAGUUUACCAGUCUUCAAUCCUAAUGUAUUCAGUGAAGAUGAAGAUGAUUUACCAGUGAUGGGACCCUCUGGUGUGUCAGGUGAUAAUCCUCCCUGCACAGUUAAUAUUCCAAUUGCUCCUAUACAUAGUCCAGCUCAAGCAAUGUCACCCACACAGAGCAUAGGACUUGUCCAGUCUCUCCUGGCCAAUCAGAAUAUUCAGCUUGAUGUCUUGACCAAUCCUACAGCCACUGCAGCCGCAGCUGCUGCAGCAGCAGCGGCAGCAGCCAACACAACAGUCCCUGAUCAUAAUCCUGACAAUGUGACAGCACAGUACACUGUGCCGACAAGGUACUCCAGCCCUGGACAAGUAAUUUUCAGUGGCCUAGAAAUGGGCAACCUUUUAAGUGGGACACUUCCACCACCACCACAUCAUUUACCACCACAACCCCAUCAGCAGCGUCAGCAACAGCAGCAACAGGAAGAUCAUCAUCAACAAUUAAAACAUCAGACUCAAACACAACAGCAGCAUCUGAAGUUGCAGCAGCAUCAACAAGCACAGCAACAGCACCAACAACCAAUGCAGCAGCAUCCACAGCACAUGCAGCACCAACAGCAAAUGCAAACACAGCAUCAUCAACAGAUUCAACAGCACAUACAACAGCAGCAGCAACUGCAACAGCAUCAACAAAUACAGCAGCAGCAACUGCAACAGCAUCAACAAAUGCAGCAGCAGCAACUGCAACAGCAUCAACAAAUGCAGCAACUGCAACAGCAUCAACAAAUGCAGCAGCAGCAACAACUGCAGCAGCAUCAUCAGCAAAUGCAGCAACAGCAGUUACAGCAGCAAGUGCAACAGCAUCAGCAGGUACAGCAACAACAUCAGCAUCAAAUACAGCAACAGCACCAUCAGAUGCAGCUCCAGCAUGAGCAAAUGCAACAGCAGCAGCAACAAAUUCGGCAACAAAUUCAAGAGAUGAGGCAGCAGCAACAACAGCUUCAGCAGCAGCACCAACAAAUGCAGCAGCAACAUCAACAGAUGCAAAGGCAGCAUCAACAAAUGCAGCAGCAGCUCAAAAUGCAAAUAUCUUUACCACCUCCUCCUUCAUCGUACACUCCUAUUUCCAUGCAUCAGCUCCAGAUGAUGCCUCAGAUUCCUCACCCAGACCAACCACCAGACAGAAUAGAGCAAACACAUACUCUGAAGGUCCCUUCUAGGCCACAGUCAUUUAUUGAAAGUGACACCGCUCUUGAAAUUCAAAUGCGCAAAAUGAACCCUCCACCACCAUACCCAGGUACAGUGGUGUCUGCAGCAGCUGCUGUCCCACCUACAGCCCCUCCAGGCCUCAUUGGUAACAGUGAGAAUACUAACACAUUGUCAGCAGACUCAUGCUUAACUAAGGAUGAGUUCUCUCUUCACCCAGUGACCAUCCAGUACCCAACUCCACUGGGUUAUGAAAGGAUCACAACUUUUGACAGCAGUGGAAACGUAGAAGAGGUGUGUCGGCCACGGAGACGUCUCAUACGGAACCAGAAUGCCUACAGUAUGCAAGGAAUGGGCAGUUCGGCUACAUUAAAAGUCACCUCAUCAGAAAACAAGAAAGUCCAGCUUCCCUAUAGCUCAGCAACUCUGAGCCGCCUUUCAGUGCCUCGAUACUCCAUACCAAGUGGAGAUCCGCCACCAUACCCUGACCCUGCUAACCAGAUUAAUGUCAUUAGGAGUCCUACACAAAGGAUUGACAGCAGUCUUAUCCAUGCUACUAUGCGACGGGAUCGCAGAGAAACUGCUCUGAAAAUUUCUCAAAUGGUGGAUACAGUAAGGACUUUACCAACCAAAUCUAAAGUUAACAGUGCCCUUGCACUUUCUUACCAGCCCAGGAUCCCCACCGCUUUGUACACUUGCACUCAGUGCAGCAGUAACAGCAGCAGCUCUAGUGUAAGUGUCAGUGGUGGUGGGAGCAACAGCAGUGGCAUUGCAGGUGGCACUGUAGUGCGACAAGAUUUUCCCCCUGGCAAAGGGGCCCAACACAGUACUAUAAUUGUGCACUCCAAAAGUGCUUCACCCCUGGCCUCACAGUCCUCUUACAACCUGUUGAGUCCAGUUGACAAUAGCCGAGAUAGGACUGUGUAUAUCAACUCUGCUUUUACUGAAGAUGAGACACUAAACCAGCAGUGCCAUUUGGAAAAAUCUGUGCGGCAUUUAACACUCGGUGAUGUCAGUUUAACAGUGAAACGGCCACCACCUUACCAGUGGGAUUCUCCUGCUUCAGACCAAAUGUGGAUGCCCCAGGAUCAAAAUAUAUUGACUAGUCCACCAGGACCUCACAAACCACCCCCACUUUUACUCAGCCAAGCACAGCACUUAGACAUAACCCGAAUGCCUUUUGUUCUCUCAACAAAACCUCCCUCCAGUCCUAGUGCUAUGACCUUGCCAUCAGCUUAUCAGAUCUCUCUCUCUCCCUUUCCCCCUGGUGUGAGCCAUGGUGGACCUCAGCUUCAGUCUUUGCAAAGUCCUCCACAGGCAUGUGGGACAAGUGACAUGGUAACAUCAGUUCCAUUUAGUCAGCAGGAUCCAUCUCUGGUUUUGCCUCCUGGUUAUGCAAAUAAUAUGGCCAAUCUAGCUUGUUGUCCGCUACCACCCAUGUACCCUGGUGCCAGCUCAUGCACCAACCUUCAGCUGCAUCCAAUGGCCUUACAUCCCUGGAGCACAUAUAGUGCUUGCCCUCCCAUGCAGGACCACUCAGCGACCUUACCAAGUAAGAUGCAUCAGGGUUUGGAGAAGCCUGUUCUUUCACCUCCGCCACCACCUCCUCCGCCACCUCCUCCACCACCUCCUCCCCCUCUCCCCCCUCCUCCUCCUCCAGCUGAACUCCUGAACCAUCAAAGCACCUCAGAGGUGUUAGCUGACUCUGGUGAGAGUUUUCAGGAACAGUCCUCGCUUAAUGAGAGUCCAGUACCGCAGGGAGCAGACAGGUUCAGCAAAAAAAGUCGCAAGAGACUUGACAGCAGGGCAGAGGAGGCAAACAUGUCCACUGUUUCUGAGAGCAAAUCAAAAAAGGAAGGCCGUGCACUGUCUGACUUCAAUUCUCUCAUUUCCAGCCCAAGGCUUGGAGUACGAGAGAAAAAGAAGCCUAAGGGACAGAAGGAGCAGCUGAACAAGGCCAAAAAGUUGAGCAGGACCACAAAUGAAUUCCAAGACAGCUCAGAAAGUGAGCCUGAACUUUUCAUUAGUGGUGAUGAACUAAUGAAUCAAAGCCAGAGCAGCAAGAAAGGCUGGAAGAGUAAACGCAGCCUGCGCACAGCAAACGAACUGGAGGAGAUUAAGUGCCGCAAGGCAAACGAGAGAGAAGAUCGGGGCCUUGGCAGCCAGGGCUUCGUAUAUGUCAUGGCCAACAAACAGCCCUUGUGGAAUGAAGCUACCCAAGUCUACCAGCUUGACUUUGGAGGAAGAGUGACGCAAGAGUCAGCCAAAAACUUUCAGAUAGAGCUGGAUGGACGACAGGUGAUGCAGUUUGGCAGAAUUGAUGGUAAUGCAUACAUCCUAGAUUUUCAGUACCCAUUCUCAGCUGUGCAAGCAUUUGCUGUCGCCUUGGCCAACGUGACUCAGAGGCUUAAAUAAAGACAGCUCCAGCCAUCACACAUCACAGCACAGUUAAUGUUUGCUGACUGCGCAUUGUGAAAAAGGAUGCAAAAGAAUGCUUUGUGUUGCCAUAAAAUGGUAGGCUCCUGCUUGUCUUGUGCUGGGACAUACAGUUAACUGUCAGGGGAAUUCGGACAGUCAGAGACGUAGUACACUUUAGAGGUAUUUAAAACAUACAGAAAUUGUCAAACCACCCAUAUAUUAGUGUUUUUUAAGCUAAAGAGACAAAAAAAUGUAAAUUUGAUAGACUGCUGGAUGACUUCUUGAAAAAAGGUAACUGAAUGAAAAAAAAUAGAGCUGGUACAGAUGAGUUCCUAUUUAUGUUUUUUUUUUCGUUAGUGUGUAUGUGUAUAUGUUUCAUAACAUUGAUAUAUGAAAGGCUAAAAAAAUGCAUGCAAGACAAUUACCAAAUCCGUUACCCUGUGCUAAUAGGAUUCCCUUAUUGAGGACCCUUACUGCAGGUUGUUUUCCAAGUGUAAACUGCGUUAUGAAAUUGGCAGAUUAUUUACCAUUGCCUACAAAGGGGAUGAUGCCAUGAGUGAAAAUACAUUUAAACUUGUGACUUUUGUCUAUUACUGAGGUGCCUGCCCCAUUCCUGCACCCUACAAAGUUUAGUUCCAGCACUAAAGUAGCACACCUCAUUUACCUAAUCAGAAAGGCCAGGAACAUGCAAACAUUAGUUACAUGUGUUAGGUUGGGGCUGAAACUUUGUAGGAGGGUAGAUAUCCAGGAGUAGGGUAGCCCUAUGAGGAGUAGUCAUACAUCAGACAUUACUAACACUCACUUUAAUGUGCCAUUACAUCCACUGUUUUCAUAGUUAUGUGUCUUAAUUUUUGUAUACAAAACAUGUCUCAUCUUAUUUUAGUGUGUUAUUAGCAGUGUGUUAUGGUAGCAGUUUUCCCCUGUAGAACUCUUAAAUAGAUGUUUGGAGAUGAUGAACCAGAGGGUAUCAAUAUCAUGUGAAUCACUGUAAUGUGUAGAAUUCCAAUAGUACCACCACAUCACUGAAUAUCACCACUUGUUAUAGAAUUGUAAACAAAGGUACAUAGUGUUUGGUUUUUGAACAGUAUGUUCACAAUGACACAAAUACAAAAUGCAUAGAAUUUAUUUUGGACAAAGGAAAUUUAAUUCAGUCUAAACGCAUAUGAUUCAUUUGGCCUAGUAAUAUAUUAGAAUGUAUAAACUGAGGUAAAGGGUGAAAAUGAGAAUGCACAUAAAACUAAAUAACAGCUGCACUCAUGGGUGGGAUAUGAUUUUCUCUCAUUCUUAAAAGACAUCAUUUUUUUUGUAUUGUGUUUCAUCAAAUGUAGACAAAAAUACCUUAUGUAUCUAUUUGAUGGGAUUUAUGUUUAAUUUAUUUGUUAAUGGGGCAGCUUUCUGGCUACAUGUUAAGAAUACAUUACACUGGCAAGCCUUUUUUGGUCUGUUUGUAGGUUAUUCCAUGUCUGGAAAACUGUCUCUCUAUAUAUAAUCAAUCAGUAAAAAAAGUAAACGUUUAUUGUUUUGUUUAAUUAGCAAUUACAUAUAUUCAUGCCCUUAUUGAAUUUUAUCUGUUUUGUUCAUUUUUAUAUUUCUGGUGUAAGCUAAAACUUUGCUGAGAGUUACUGUGUCGACAGAAGAUGGCUGAUAUGAGCGUUCUCUUGUUCUUGGUGUUGUAUAUGCUUUGAUGAUUUGCAAAUGCAGCAAUUUCUAAUUCUAUUAUACUGGAUUAUUCAGGCCCAGUUUGAAUUGUGUGGAAUGUGAGGCUUUAACUGUGCUACUGCUUUAUUAUUGUAAUGUAAAAUAAACCAUGAUAAGCUUGUCAUAUUAACUCAAGGAUGUUUCUGAAGCAUUAGGAAAGUGUGUGCAGUAGCCGACGAGCGAACAGAACAUGCGUCACUAGAAUAAAGUCAAACUAGUUUGAAGAAA